AUGCCUGCUGUCGGCUCGCUCACGCCUGAACAGGUGGCCGAGGCGGAGGAACGGAUUCGAAAUGCUGGUAGAAUUCCCAUGAUAUCCCUCGAGCUGUCCCUUGGGAUCCUCUUUGGACUCGCGAUCGUGACAUGCAUGGGCCGCAUCAUCAUUCGUCUUUCGUCGCGCGGACGCCUUGCCCUGGAUGACGGGCUUCUCAUUUUUGCCUUAUCUUGCCUGGCCUUCAGCACCGGGAUCAUGUACAAGAUCUCGCCAAAUUAUUACCUUGUACAGGCAUUGAUCCGAGGCGAUCCAGCUGCGAAGAUCAUUGCUUCUACACAAGGUUACCGGAAACUUACGGCACAUUACAACUGGACGUUUGCGAACAUCGUACUCUCGUGGACGGCAAUCUUCUUCGUAAAAGGCAGUUACUUUGCGCUUUUCUAUCCAAUGAUGAGCGUCAUGUCGAGGCACGUGCUAUGGUUCUACUGGGCUGCUGUUGCCCUUUCUGCAGCGUCUUGGUUUGUGCUGGCUUUCGGGUCCAACUUCAUACUCUGUAAAGAACUUGGAACGGCCGCAGUGAAAUGCUAUUUCAACAACAGCAGGCACGGCAUGUUCACUAUGCUCGCAGUGACGGCUACGCUUGACGGCCUCACGAACCUCACCAUUGUCAUCAUCCCAAUAUUCAUCCUCCGCAAAUCCGCAGUGCGAGGAACCGUCCGGCUGGGCGUUGGCAUCUUCCUAAUGCUCUCGGUUUUCAUGCUCAUCUGUUCAGUCAUUCGCGCGGCUGGAGUCUAUUACCAAGGUAUCAUCGAUUGCCGGUGGCAGUCGUAUUGGUGCCACGUUGAGGCUUGCAUCGCGGUUAUUAUGGGAUCGUUGACGGUCUACCGCUCGACCCUGGUAGGAUCUAACGAGGUCCCAAACAAGAUGCAGUCGUACCUGUACAAGUGGUUCGGUAUCACCUCGGAUCAGAGUCAGGACGAUAUGUCGGUCUUGAUGCAGAAUGCGGCGAACAAGGGCAUGCAGCCAGAGCAAGACAUUUCCAACGAGGAGACUCUGGUGGGAACUUACAACGAUGAGAGGAAAUCGAUUGCGUCUGUAAAACAUGUAUAA